UGCUUGAAGACACGAUAAAGUUUGCAUUCCAGUGGGUUUUUAAAUAUUUGGCCAUUUUGGCGCUCGAUACGUCGAGCAGAGGAAGCUUCACUUUCGUAAACAUUGACAAAAUUUGUUGAAUUUUAAUCGCAAAAUUCCAAGUUCGCCAAUAUCUUCCAGAAUUGCACUGAUGUUGUGAGCACAAUGGAAGGCGGAGAGAGCAAGAAAACAGUCCCGUACUUCGUGAUCAAAGUCAACGACGACGGUACGAUCACCCAGACGCGGCAAACUGCCCCCAUGGCCACAACCAAACCGCACAUCAUCCGCACCCCCGAGAAGCGGGCCAAAGACGCCAGGUCCCUCUCCAUCGAGCAGAAGGGCAGCCUCGGCUCGUCCACGAUCAAGAUCCAUGAAUCAGUCAGCACGGACCCUUCGAUGCUGAGCAAUGUGCUCGUUGAGGCAGAGCUGCCCUCCUCCAAGAGCACAAAGCCCCUCGUCGUGCAAAGUAAAGUCACUGCUAAGCAAGCAACCCUGGUGAGGAAGUCGCUCGGUCUGCCGAGGAUCAAUGUACCUUCGAAGCUGGUCCUCGUCAACCCUGGAAGCACAGGGAACCCGACAAGCGCUGCUGGGCCUCAGAUUAUUAAGAUCCAGCCCCAAACGAGCACCGUGAGGCAGUUGAUGCCGAAGCAGUCGAGAAAGACGCCUCUGACAGCCCGAACCACUGAUGCCGCUAUUACCGUAGAGGAGGAUCAGGACAAAGGUUCCGGCGGCCAGGGCAUCAUCAUCCAGGUGACCCCUUCAGCCUCAGCUCCGCAGGCUAAAGUGAAGGUUACUGCGCAGAAAGUUUCAGCGCCAGCCGUUGUGAAGAAAACGAAAGCAGAACAAGGAACGUCGGGAGUGCAGAUCAUCAAAACUGUGCAGGAAAUCAAACCGAAAGUCUCCCCUGUGGUGCGGCAAGUCGUCAAACAGACAAUGCCUGUUACCAAAUCCUCCACCACUGUGCCCAUCCCUUUACCAAUCAAGGGAGCCAACUCACCUAUGAAAGUGGUGAUUGUGAAGGAGGGAAUGCAGCAGCCAAAACCGAUAGCGCCCAAGCCGAUGCCUAUGACCAUCUCUUUGGUGCCGCCGCCGCAAGUGACCAAAUCUGUUUCUGCCGGCACCUCCACCCUCAGCAGCAGCGGUGGCCCUGUGAAAAUAGCGCCCGCCCCAAAGGCAGGCCAGGCGACGACUCAGAGGGUCGUGCAGAUCAUGCCAGGGCUGAAGAAGGUGAUGGGGCCUGUGAUCAAGCUGCCGGAAAAGGUGCAGACCAUCGCCCCACUCUUGCUGCCAGUAACUGCUGGGGGCCCAAUUAAAGCUGCAGUUAGUGCUGGACCUUCCGGAGUCGCAAUCGCCGCCCCUAAAGCUCCAAGAGGCAGAGGAAGGGGCCGCGGAAGGGGUGCAGCGCAGACCAAAGAGAUUUUGUUGAAACCACCAGAGAAACCCGCAGCUCCUCCUGUAGAAGUUGAGGUGAAGAAAGCCGAGAUUCCAGAGGAGACACCAAAGCCCCAGGAAGAGCCUGCCGCCGUCUCUGCCACAGAAGUGGCAACAGAGGUUGCAGCAGAAGAGCCCAAAGAGGAGCCAAAAGAGGUACCAAAAGAGGAGGAAAAGGAGCCCGAAAAGAAGCCAGUGGGCAGGCGUGGUGGCAAACGCGGAGCCAAGCCCGCCGCCGCCCCUACAAAGGCAGCUGCUGACGAGCCCACCGCGACUGCAGAGCCACCGGAGGCGCCCAAGGUCGAAGAGGCGGCCCCAGAGCCUCCUAAAGAGGAAGAGGCUAAGCCUGUAGAAGCACCGGCUCCUGAUCCUGAACCAGAAGAGACUCCAGCGCCUGCUCCUGCUCCAGUUCUGCCUAAACCGCGUGGACGCCCUAAGAGGCCAGCCCCGGCCCCAGCCCCGGCCCCAGCCCCAGAACCAGUUGUUGAGCCUCCCAAGGAGGAACCAAAAGUUGAGGAACAGCCCGUGAAGGCGGCAGUGCCGGCACCAAGGGGCAGAGGCCGUCCUGCCAAAAAGGCAGCAGCCGAGCCUGAGAAAGCGGUCGCGACGCCGGCCAAGAAAGCGAAAAUCGAGGAUAAGAAGGCGGCUGCAGCAGUAGCAGCAGCAGAGGCUGAGAAGAAGCCUGAAGAGCCCAAGGCUGAAAUCGAGAAACCCGAGGCUGAAGUCAAGAAACCAGAGGAAAAGGAGGAAAAGGUCGAAGAGGCAGAUGCCAAAGUUGAAGAGGCGGAACCCAAAGUGGAAAAGGUAGCAGCCAAAGCUACUAAGAAAGUGACCAAAGCGGUCAAACCUGUGGCUAAGGCAGUUAAACCAGAGGCUAAGGUUGAGAAAGUUGAAAAGCCUGCGGCACUGGAGGAGAAACCAGAGGAAAGGCCCAAGAGGAGAGCACCGGCCGCAGCUGCCGUUGCAGCUUCAACCUCAGCCAAGAAAGAAACAGCGAAGAAAGUUGUAGAAGAGCCCGCAAAGAAACCUGUGGAAGAACCUGCGAAAAAGACUGGUGCCGCCGCGAAGCCAAGUAGAUCUCGUGCCACUGUGGCAGCUGGAAAACUGACGGGCCAUUCUAUUACAGUUCCCGAGGACAAAGCUGACUUGUUCUCCAGGCCUGUGCCUUCUGGCUGGUCUCGAGACGUCAUCCAGAGGAAGUCUGGAAAGUCUGCUGGCAAAUAUGACGUCUAUGUAUUCAGUCCAGACGGACAGAAACACCGCUCCCGCGCGGACAUUCUACGCUACCUUACCCAGAGCAAGGGCAAGUACCCUGGAAUAAAACCCGACGACUUUGACUUUUCGGUGGCAAAGGAAACGCCGCCGCCAAGCAAGCAAAAGGUGGCGAGCCCACCCGAAAAAAGCAAAGCAAAGCCGCCGCCAGCGAAGAGGGCAGCCAAAAGGUCGAACGUGCUGGUCGUCUCGCUGCCGUCGAAGAGAGGGAGGAAGAAGUGAUUCGUUCAGAUCUGACAUCGCAGAAAUGGUACAACUCAAGUUUCCUGGAUUUAUUUAUAGGUGUUGAUUUGUUGCUGCUGGACGCUCUUGGAAGCAUAAUACUUUUAAUUUCAUCACGAUUGCAUGACGUUUUUAACGAAAAGAAUUUUUAAUUGUGCGUUAUUGUAAUUAAAGUGGAACAUUGUGCAAAGCUUAUAAUUAAAUACAUACAUAGUAGAAUAAAGGCAUGUCUUUUCA